GAAGAACGGUGCCCAACCACGUUUCUUUGCAAAAGCGAACGAUCAUCGCGUUACUUUCCGUUCAAUGACGCAAGUCCUUUAUGCGCUUGUAAAAGAAUAGGAUCGAUCUUGGCGAAGAGAUACGCCUUCCUCGUUACGCGUCAAGGACUCAAGAAAAAAGAAGCAAAGUUUUCUUCUCUUUCGAAGGGAGUGUGAAAGUUAGUCGAAAGCCACAAAAAUUAGCGGUUUAAAAGAAAUCUUUUGAUAUUUCAAAGCGUUUCCCUCUUUAUACGAUUCUACUUUAUUUCGACUAUUCAAUUUACGACCAAUCCGUAAAUCAAAACGAGACGCUAAGUGUUUAUCUUCGAUUACGUCGUUCUACGCUUUGUUCUCGAAUUACGGAUGGAUGAAGGCGGAUUAAUUCCGACAUUCUAGAUCGGUAACGGGGUCAGUCGGUUGCAAAGGUGGAUAUAUAAUUCCAGCGGUGUUACGCUGAUCCAUCGUAUUUUAAAUCCAUUUAUAGGUGAGUCUUGCUACGUAGUAUCGUUAGGUACAAAAGAGAUCGCGUCUUGAUCGAUCGACAAUUUGGCAAAGAACGAACAAGAACGUAGUAGAAAAAGGAAAGGAGCAGGACUUUUGAGAAACACUGCGUAUCUGUGCCGAGCGCCACGCGACCAGGUCGUCCGGUCGGCCUGGGUGCCGGGUGUUGUUGAAAUCAACGUGGUGGGGUUCCUUCGACGACCACAACGGAGCCUUAUGCCUUCAGUCGACUCUCGGCUCUCACUGCGACUCGAGCUGCCUGAGAUUCCGUUAAUUAACUUUCCGACGUAAGUGCGGACGCACUUAAUCGGACCUAUCGUCCGAGGAAUCGUAUCUUCUUCGAUCAUCUUCUUUCUGAGACUUUCGAUGUAGUCACGACGAUAGCAAAAGAAAAAGAAAAAAAAUUCCAGAUCGUUUCGAAAGAGAAGAGAAAUCCAACGUCCAAAUUAGAUCACUUCUAUACAGAUAGAAAAUAAUAUAUUAUAUUUGGUAAGAAGGAUCGUCGUAGCGUACGUGAUAAAUUCGAGCAAGAUCGGUCGACGAUCUCCGGUUUGAGCGCGGCCGCGAGCAUCGCGAGUAUCGAUCCAACAACCAGUUCCUUUUACCGGUCGAUCACCUCCGGAUCUCGGCUCGAUCGCUCUCCGCUCAGUCGCCGUCGAGAAGUCGUUCGAGAAGGCGAGAGAGCGACGUGCUCUUCGUCGAAGCUUAAUUAGUACGUGGGUGUCGACUAUAGUCGAAGGAAGAGAAAAGAAGAAGAAAAAGAAAAAAAAACAAAGAAAAGAAAAGAAAAAGGAGAAGAAGAGGAAGAGAAAUAAAAGGAGGGAGAGGAAGAGGAGAGAAGGAAGAAGGGACGCGGAGGCAAAGGGAUGCCGAAAGUGGUGCCGCUAGCGGAACGCUCGACGAACAGAGAAAUCGAAUAAAAGGAGCUCUGAAACCGUGAGAAGGAGGUGGGGGAGGAACGAAGGUGGUAGUAGGGAGGUAAAUAGAUGCAGGAAUCUCUGGACGGCGCCAUGUCGGUGUCGUAGCCGCGAGAAAAAAUAUUCGGUCUGAGCGCGCUUCUGUAAACGCUUUUUUACACAACGAGGAAGACGCUGUCUCGGAGUGCGAGGACCUUUCCCUCACAAAGAAGAACGCAUUCUCCGUUUAAAACGUUCCUUCUUACGUUGAUGGGACCUUUUUCUCGUUUCGUUAAGAGCCCGUUGAAAGGAGUGCGCAAACAUGCUGUGCGGUACGUUCAAGAAGAAGAGGAGAAGUCCGGGGGAAGAGUACCGGUUGAUGAGGUCGAACACCAUGCCGAGAAUCGUGUCGACGCGAGAGGGUUCUCUGGUAGCUGUUAGAAGAACCAAAUCCUCGAGGGCGACCGUUCGAUCGUCCUUGAUCAAAGAUCUGCUCAAUAUGGGUCUCGAUAAUGUGAGCUCGGCAACCCUCAGGCCCUUCAACUCGGACAUCAAUACUCCGAGAAUCGACAGCUACAGGUUUUCUAUGGCCAAUCUCGAAGAUUCGCAAGAUGUCGACCUGGAUGCAAUUCUCGGUGAACUGUGCGCAUUGGAGCGACGUUGCGACGGUGAUAUCGCGGCUACUCCAGCGCAAGAUUCUCAAAGACAAGGACGUCCCAAUAACGGAAGGAUCACCGCCACCGAUAACACGGAUAUCGGCAAAAAUGAAGGUGGCAUUCGCACGGACAGUCCCGACAACGAUAGCGCAUUUUCGGACACGGUUUCGAUGCUGUCCAGCGAGAGUUCAGCGAGCAGCAGCGGCUCGGGACACAAGCCACCUCAGAGCGCCAUGCAUACGGCUCCUCAACAACAGCCGCAUCAACUUAUGGAUGCCGCGAGCAGAGCGAAAGCCGAGAAGAUACGGCUGGCGUUGGAAAAGAUGAGAGAGGCAAGCGUUCAAAAGCUCUUUAUUAAAGCUUUCACGUUGGAUGGGAGUGGCAAAAGUCUCCUCGUAGACGAGGGAAUGAGCGUGGCUCACGUAUCGAGGCUUCUCGCGGACAAGAAUCACGUGCCAAUGGAUCCAAAAUGGGCCGUAGUCGAACACUUGCCGGAUCUCUUUAUGGAAAGAGUAUACGAGGAUCACGAGUUAUUGGUGGAAAAUUUGUUACUAUGGACGAGAGAUUCGAAGAACAAGUUGCUGUUCGUCGAAAGGCCGGACAAAACACAACUCUUCCUAACUCCUGAGAGAUUCCUGUUAGGUCCCUCGGAUAGGUGUAGCAACGAAUACGACGAUCAUUCGCGUAAUAUAUUAUUGGAGGAAUUUUUCUCGAGCAGUAACGUCGGCGUUCCCGAGGUCGAAGGACCGUUGUACUUGAAGUCCGACAGUAAGAAGGGUUGGAAAAAGUAUCAUUUCAUACUACGAGCAUCUGGCCUUUAUUACUGGCCCAAAGAGAAAGCUCGUACCGCCAGAGAUCUCGUAUGUUUAGCCACGUUCGACGUGAACCAAGUUUAUUACGGUGUCGGCUGGAAGAAAAAGUACAAAGCACCGACAGAUUUUUGUUUCGCCGUAAAGCAUCCGAGAUUACAGCAACCCAAAUCGACGAAAUACAUAAAGUUUUUAUGCGCGGAAGACAACGCGUCUUUGGAGCGAUGGAUGGUAGGCAUUAGAGUGGCCAAAUACGGUAGGCAGCUAAUGGAGAAUUACAGAACAUUGGUGGACGAGCUCGCGCAGGAAGACCUCGAUCUAUUGGCGCACGCGAGAUCGUGCUCGGUCAGCUCGAUCGCCGUACCACCUAAUCAAACUCAAUAUAAUACGACCAACGACAAUGCUCGGCAAUUCAUCGAAAAUGCAAGGCACGAGACCCAAGCGACGACGAGGCAAUACGAUGGUCAACAACGGCAGAGUUACAAUUCGGAACAGCGACAAAGUUAUAACAACGAUGGAAGGCUUAGCAGAGCCAGUAGUUCGAGUUCAAGCGGAUGUUUGUCCGAUGGAGCACCGAGUAGUUGCGAGGUGGCCUUCGAGUGUGGAGAAUUUCCAACCGGAACGAUAAAGCGAAAACCUUCCAUGAACCCAAAACUUCCGCUAACGUCGAUUACGAGGCAAUUGAAGGAGGUGGGCGAGACGGUACGCGAUGAGCCGGAUUCUUGUCCGAGUCCAACCAGCUCCGGUUCGGGUACCUUAACCAGAAGACACAGCCGCAGAAGAAGUGGUACCGAUUCGGACGGAUCGGGUACCCUAAAAAGACAUCACAGAUCCGGCAAUGCUACUCCGGUCAGUCCUGUACCACCUGGAACGCCGGUGAGAGAGAGAGCCAGUCCUAUGGGAUACGGGAGAACGGAGAGUCAAGAGUCCAAGACGCCGACCAGUCCUAUACAACCGUGUAUGAUGGAUUCUAUCACGUCGCUGCCACCUCCACCGUCGCCCUCGAGAGUCGCCGAAGAAGGGGAAUCGGAUAGCGAACCUUUACCACCACCGCCACCAGAAAUGUUCCGUUCGAAUCUCUCCCUGGACUCGUUACCGCCGCCGCCAGGGGUAGGCGAGCUUCCAGUUUGUAACACGCCCGAGUUGACUGGCUCCUCGUUGAGUCUCGCCUCCUUACCGCCGCCGCCGAGUCCUCUGGUCGGUGAGACCGGCACGAUACGCCGUGCGAGACCGGCGAAAACUUCGAGUCCGGCGAAUUCUAUGACACCCGAGAGCACGCCUACGCAUGCCGCUUCCUCCAGGCCAUCCAACAGCAAUAAUCAGACGUAUACGAGCGCGACGAGUAUCGCGACGCCAAAUGCUUCUGCUCUUCAAAAUAGUCAGAGUUACGGGAGCAGCAGCAACGCCGCGACGAACUCGUCGAAUUCUCCACACAGUUCCUAUCCUGGCUCGAGCGCCAGCACACCGACAUACGCACCGAGUUCACCAAGUUUCACGUCCCCACCACCCUUCGUUCCACCCCCGGCUUAUGGUUCUCAAGCGCAACACGUCGGCACGCAAAGCUUAACGAGACAAAAUUCGAAAACCGAGUCGAUUUACGGGAGUCAUCAGAGCGGCCACAAUACCGUACCCAAUCCGAUCAGGCCCAAUCCGAAUAUGGACACGGUCAGAAGGAGUGCCAUGAAGCAAGGUACAAGCCAUUACGCCGCUCCGCCCUAUCUCGCCGAAUUGAAAGCCGCAUCUAGCCCGCAACCGCAGCGUCGAGUGACCAUUCAAGAACCACCGACCUCGCCCAAGUCGAAAGGUGGUACGGGCAAAAAGAUAACGUUCAAUUUACCGGCGCAACAAGAACCCGGUAGUCCGGCGUUGCCGCAAAGAAAGCCAAUGCCACCGAGAAGAUCCGACAGUACCAGAUUGACUUCGCCAAAAAAAUUAGCUGCCUCGGAUCAGGCACCACCUGGUGACUUUUUGAAGGAUCUACAACGCGUUAUGAGAAAGAAAUGGCAGGUCGCACAAAAGUGUAAACUGGACUCAACCACGACGCCCCACGAGGUCUUAGGUUUUCGAGAUCCGCCACCUGCCGUAGCCGACUACAGAGAGACCAAUGUCUCCAAUUGGGUACAGGAACAUUACGGGGUGGAUAAUCUCUAUGAAAACGUUUACACGACGGAUCCGCAUGCACCGCUCGAAUACGCCUCGAGUCCUGCUCGUCAACCUACCGUCAGAUUCGCCGACGAAAAUCGUAGCAUCAACAUCGUCAACGUGAUCGCCAGUAAAAGGAGACCACCUCCGCCACCGCCGAAAAGGGCGGAGACCACGCAUCUGACCACGACCAGGGCGAUGCACUGACAAUAGCAGAUAAUACAACCUCAUCCGGAGAGGCGAUGGUAUUGCUGCUUGUGCGGCUGGUGGAAGGACUGAUAAAGGAGAAUUUUUCACCCUUUUCUUCCAUCCCUUUUGUGGUCCAGCGUUAGCUUCGACGUUGCUUCGCCUCGCUACCUGAUUUCAAAACGAAUCGAGAGAGAGAGAAAGAGAGAGAGAGAGAGCACUUUCCUUUUCUCCCUCUUUCACACACUCUCUCUUUCUCUCACGAAAAGAUUAAGCUUCGCUUUAUCGCUCUUCGUCGAAUCUUUCUUACGAUAUCAAUGACCGAUAAAAUUUACUUUAUCCUAUAAAACGAAAUGGAUUCAACGAUAGGAUACGAGCGAGUCCUUUCGUUUGUUACGUCGAUAUCGUAAAAACGUUCGAUGUCAGCGCGAAUAUCAGCGUCGGAUAAAAACAAAGCUUUAUCAUUUGUCCUACUAAUUUUUCUCCAAGCGCAUUACUUUUGUAUCCUUUGCAAAUAUGGGACGCUGCUUGACAAAUGAACGUUUAUCUUUGAUCGUCUUGUAACGUUUCCUAUUCGAGAAACGUCGUGAUGGUUGUGUCCAAUAGGAAACGUUGAUCGCUGUCGAAAAAUAAUCUCAAAAGAGAUGAUAUCGUGCUUCGAGUAGAUGCCGUGCUUAAUGCUCGAUUUAAGGUCGCUACUCGACACGUAGAAAACACUGCCGCACUCGUUAACGAUGUGAUAUAAUAUAAAGCUUAGGUCAUGCCUGCUCGCUAAAAAGAAGAAGAGUACUUUCUUGUGUAACGGAGAGAUAGGGGAAGGACGCGUUAUUAGUCGAACGAUCGUAAAGCGAUCGAAUGCUAAUGCGCAUCGUUUCGCUUGAUAAUAAUAAAAAAAAAAAAAAAAGAGAAAAAAAGAAAAAAAAAAAAGAAAAAAAACAAAAUAUUAAGAGGAAGCGUCGUCGUACGGUGUUGAUUAUGCUCGCGCUUCCGACUGUUCGUUUUUGCAUAUGUUCUCUCGCGAAUCGGAGGCGCUCUUCUUUCCUUUUCUUUCCUUUCUUUCUUUCUUUCUUUUUUCUUUCUCCCUCCACCCCCAAUCCCACCCCACCUCCACCCCACCCCUCCCAAUAACCAAGGUGCUUUACAACGCAGUAAAUAAAAGAAAAAGAAAAAAAAUGGAUAACAUCGAUAGGAGAGUUAGCGCGCCGCUCAUCGACGUUUGCGCUUUUAAUAAAGGAUCCUUAUACAUAGGUAUACAUGUAUAUAGAAACUAAUACAUAUGUGUGUUUAUAUCGAUAUAAUUGACAAUGAUGCUGUAUGUGUAGGUAUGCCGUAUCCUUCGAAGUACGCUCUAAUGACGUGGACACGAUGAAUUAGGAAUAAAAAAAAAAAAAAAAAAAAAAAAAUAAAUAAACGAUUUUUAUUCGUUUCUCGAGAGACGCGAGAAUGUCGAAUUCUUUUUACAUAUUCGUCUUCGAGGGAGGAGAUGAGUUCCUUCGAGAGUUCGAAACUCGUGUACUCUUUUCAUCGCGAUUAUACAGAUACUAUAAGUAUACGUAUGUAUUUACAAACAUGAGAUCUCGUUUAUGCCAUUUUUUUCUUCGUUCGCUUUGUUUCAUUCUUAAUGAUAUACAUAAAGACAUGUAUAUGUAUACAUAUUGAAGCUAUGAAAGCAAGAUGAUCGUGUCCGCUUGCUCCUCCUCCUCCUUCUUCUUCUUCUUCUUCUUCUUCUUUUUUCGAAAUGAUAAAAAAAUAUCGCCGAGUAUGGAAACGAUAUACGAUUACGUGUGUGUAUAUAUUUCCCAGCCAUAGAAGACGAAGGAAAUGGGAGAUCAAGGUGGCAAUUUAAACAAAGUACGAGCUACUCUAUCGCGGAGAACGAUGAAACUUCGAUCGUCGUAACCCCGACGACACCUGCGUAUAAUAUUAUACUAUAUAUACCUGUAUAACGUGCAUCGUGCACUCCCUUUCUUUACGUCGUCCUUAGGAAGGAUGAAACGAGCGACGAAAAAAAAAAUAAAAAAAAAAAAAAAUAAAAAGAAAAAAAAAAAUAAAAAAAGAAGAAAAAAUAUUUUAUCGAUUCGAGCAGGGACAAAGACGACGAAGAUGGAAAUCGAAUCGCUUUGACGCGAGAUGGAUCGAUGUCCGACUUUACUUGCGCGUAAUCGUCAAUGGAAUUUUCAACAAUGAUAAACGAACAAACUCGUAACACUUGGACGUACGAUGAUCGUAUACCGUAAUAAGUCUGAUAUAUACUUUUGUAUCUCGAUUUUUGGAAAACUUUAAGGGCCGACACCCCUCGUACUCUCUGCUCUCAGCCUAGUAUCGCGAUUUUCAACGACCGCGCAACCUUUGAAAUUCAUUCAAACGAGUCUACGAGACUCGAAUUCCUUUGGUACAUAUUAUGUACAUCUCUAUAACACAGGCUAUUGUAUAUCGAACACUAAAAAAAAAAAAAAAAGAAAAAAAAAGAAAAAAAAAGAAAAGAAGUAAAUAAGAAUAAUAGAACCGACUUGUAACGAGCAGAAAUGUCGAUGUGUCGAUUAUAAGUGUGAAUCCGCGUUUCGCGUCUUAACAAUUAACGCGGUCUAAUCAAACUGAACCAAUAAUAUAAAAUAAUUUUUGAGAUUGAUAUAUACCGAUCUAUGGGACUAAGCCGAUUUAACGUCAGAACUUUUCAUACGUGAAUUUCUACGAAAAUAUCGUUCGUAUGUCUCUCAGCUCAUUCUAAUCUCUUUCUCUAUCUGUCCAUCUAUUUCUCUUUGUCACUGUUUAUCUGUGUGCGCUAAAGCGAUAAUCCUUAAGAGCUAGCAAUGUCGCAAGGAAGGAAGGAAGGAUUUUUUUUUUUCUUUUCUUUUCUUUUCUUUUUCUUUUUCUUUUUCUUCUUUUUUAUUUUAUUCUAUGCUAUAAGCUACGUACGAGAUUUAAGGAUGGAAAAAGCAUUCUUUAAAAGCGAAGAGUCAUUGGCUUAGUGGUUUGAAGCCUUUAAAUGUUUGCUCAUCGUUCGUCGUUCGACGAUCGUCUUGGUCGUACGUACGUUCGACGUACGUACGUACGUACGUACGUAACGUCGAUGACAAAUCGAUUUGGUAUGCGAAACCACGAUACGCGACGGAGAUUGUAGACUUUGACUCGUAUGCGUGUGUAUGGCGCGAAAACUCGCCAUUUUUCUUCUAUUCCUUUUGGAUCGAUUGAGAUAGAAUAAAAUUCUUGUCUCGGUAAAAGGGAUUGAUGUGUGUGUAUAUAUAUAUAUAUACACAUAUAUAUAAAGUAAGAUCUAAGAAAUUGAUUAAAAAAAAAAAACACAAAAAAAAAGAGGGAGAGAAAAAAUGUAAUAGGUAGAUAAAUUUAGAAAAAAAUCGAAAUUCGCUCUCGAAGAGCACUUAGCGUGAAAGAAAAAAAAAAAAAAAAAAAAAAAAAAAAACAAAAGAGAAAAAGAAAAAUCUUAAAAGAAUCGGCGAACGUGUAAGACCGUGCAAAUUCCCGACGAUCCAUAGCUCUGUUAAUUAAUUACGAUGAAGAUUACACGAAAUGAGGAAAUUAUUAUUAUUGCCAAUGAUAAGGAUGACGAUCGUAAUACUUUUAUCGUUAUAUCGUACCUUUUUCACUUAUAUUUCCUAAGUUGUACGUAUGUUUCUGUAAAUAUUGUAACGAAUGAUAACUACGAAGAAAAUUAUUAUCGAAGAUAUCGUGACUGAUUUAAUAUAAAACGCAAUUAUUUAUGGGAGGAUACAAGGAGAGAAAUCACAUUCUGUAGACGGAUCUUUAGUCUUCUUUAAACUUUUACACUCUACAGAUAUAAUUUUUUUUUUUGUUUUCCUUUUUAUCAAAGCCAAGAUAAUAUUAAAUUCGUGCGAAGAAAGUGAAGAGCGAACGGAACUUUUCUAUGAAUUCGUCUAUAGAAUUAUCGUUGUUUUUCAGAUCGGCUGGAUUUGCCGAUCCUUUUUUUUUUUUUAUUAUUAUUAUUAUUUUUCGUUUACUACCUUUCAUUUUAUUCAUAAUUUUGAUAUAGCCUAGAUUUAGAUUCUUACGAGUUGUUUCUCACCGUGGAAGUGUGUUCGACCUUAAUAUCGUGACAAUACCAUUAUUUUGAGACUCGUCGCCAGUUGGUUGGGUAUUUUACCACAUGGAAAAAUGCGCAGCAGUUGAAAUAUUACAGGUAUUAUAUUCAUGUUUUUAUGUAAAUAAAUUUUUGGUAUAUUUCAA